AUGAAUCAAUCUCAGUCUGUCCCGGGCAUACCUCAAGCUUUGAAUGACCCAGAAUAUGUCAAUAUUAAUGCUCGUCACAAGCGUCCAAGGCUAGAUGAUUCCGCGAAUGACCAACUGGAGGAAUUUAAGCUUGAGAUUAAGCAAAUGCUAGCGUCAUGGAAGCAGGAUCAUGACGACUCCAUAAAGAAGAUGAUGGCAGACCAGACAGCUUUAGUUACGAAAUUAAUUUCCGACGUAGCCGAAUUAAAACUACAAAAUCUACAAAUACAAAAAACAAACAUCGAACUUGAAAAAUCUAGUAUCACCACCAGCGAAUUAUAUGACGACAUGAAGAAUCAAGUCAAAAGAUUGCAAGAUGAGUGUAAGGAGUAUAAAAAGUAUACUGAGUCUCUGGAAAAAACAGUACGAGAUCUACAAUACAAAUCACGCUCUUCAACUGUUGAGGUUCGGAAUGUUCUCAUUCAGCCCAAUGAGUCGACUGACGAUCUAACAAAAAUCAUGAUGAAUAUUGCCAAAGCGGUAGAUCUCCCAAUCUCAUCGACAAAUAUUCGAGAUAUAUAUCGUGUCCCAAGCAUGUCGACUUCGACCAACAAAGCCAUCAUAGCGGAGUUUACGAGUGUUCAAACUAAAACGGAACUGAUCUCCCGUGUGCGCGGUUUUAAUAACAAACACGCAAAUAAAGAAGAUAAACUUAAUUCACAGUUAAUAGGUUUAUCGGGACAAAAACAACCCAUCUAUGUUGACGAACACUUGUGUCUAUCUGCGAAGAAGCUAUAUUAUGCGGCAAGACAAUACGCAAAACAACACGAAUACAAGUUUUGUUGGUCAAGUAACGGCAACAUCUUUCUCCGGAAGCAAGUAGGACAAAAACAAAUACUUAUUAAAUCAGAAGCUACUCUACUGGAGCUACAGGAAAAUAAAUGA